CUGCACUGAGGGAGAGGCAGACUGGUAAAAAAAAAACCAGUGAAGUCUGAGGUGCCCCGAGUUGCGGCUGUUUCUUCUGUGACAUGACUUAGAUCUUCAUCUGAUGUUUUAGCUCUUGUGAGUGCUGUAUAAAGCAUGGCUCUGACUGGUGGAGGGACAAGUUGCGGAGCAGCAGACAGCGGCAUGUUCAUCAUGAGAAUGUUGCUGAGUCUGGUGCCUCUGCUGUUGAUCGCAUGGAGCGGAACCAGCACUGACGCACUGCCCGUAGAGAACAAACUGCCACAAAGCAAUGAGGUUUUGACGAAGGAACAGAAGGACCUGCUAAUAAAGAUUAUGUCAGACCUUGCUGAACUGAACAUGACUGUUAAAGACCUCGGAGCUCUGGACCUGGAGCAGCUGUUAAGUGGCAAACUAGGCGAGAGAUCUGUAUUCGGCCUGCCAGCUCGGGAGAAAUCCCCAUGCAAGAACUUCUUCUGGAAGACCUUUUCUGCAUGUUAACACUGAAUGAUGAAGUGGACCACACCUCGUUUAACCUGAUGUUCUAUAUACUGCAUCACUAAAUAAACAACCGAAUCCUCAAA